AAACGACUGGUCAUGUGACCGGGACCACGUGAUUCGAAUCGGCCAUGUUGUGCUUUCACAAUGUUAUCGUUUUAUUGUUAUCUCUCUCGUUAUUCUAGACUUUAAAACAACAACAACCGUCUUUGAUAAUAAUUAUUACUACUUCGAAAUCACAGUUACAUUCCAUUGAAUAUAUAUACUUGGGGUACCUUGUUUUGAAAUUAACCCAAGACUCUGAGAUUAAUUUACACAAUUGCGGUAUGUGAAAGCCUAAAAAAAGGUUUUGUGCUUCAUAAACAUUACAGUUACCAUUCUACAAAUCGUCUACCAUGUUGGAAUAUUAUAUAGGUCACAUCACCUUACUAUAUGCAGUUUUCAUUGUUUGUUUCUUUCACAUUACUUUAAUUGCUGCUGAUGUUGUUGUGAAAGACAAAUCUAGUGCUACUCUAAAAACAUUUGAAGACUAUCCUGCUAGUUUUGGACCAGGAAUUCCAAUGCAGGGAAUCAGAGGUCGCCUUAUCUACGUUGUACCUUCCGAUGGCUGCUCUUCUGUGGACCCACCACCUCGGAUAGAUAAUGCCACUUUGUGGAUAGCUCUCGUCGCUCGUACACAUAAUCAGUGUGAAUUUUCUGAAAAGGUUCUUAAUGCUGAAAAAGCUGGCUUUAAUGCAGCUAUUGUCCAUAAUUAUUUCAAUAAUGAUGACUUAGUUUACAUGGGAUCAGGUGCUGUUGGCAAUGAAGUGAAAAUUCCUGCAGUAUUUGUUGGCUGGCACAGUGGUCAAGAACUAUCACAACAUUAUCAAUAUACUCCCGCAGAUAUUUUCACGGUGACCAUUGAUCCACGACCACCUUUCAAUGUGAAGAACUACUUGUUUCCAUUUGCUGCAGUGAUGGGUGGAUGUUUGAUGAUUGGCUGUGUUGUGAUGAUGGGAAGAUCAUGCCGAAAUGUAGCAAGAAGACACCGAUCUCGUCUUCCCAGUAGACACCUGAAAAAAAUCCCUGUGAAAAAAUUCAAAAAAGGUGAAUCCUAUGAUGUUUGUGCUAUCUGUUUAGAUGAAUAUGAAGAAGGAGACAAACUCAGAGUUUUACCAUGUGCCCAUGCUUACCAUUGCAAAUGUAUUGACCCUUGGCUCACCAAGAACAAAAGGACCUGUCCAGUGUGCAAACGUCGAGUUAUUCCUCGAGACCAAGAUUCUGCGAGUGAAUCAGAUUCAGAAGAUGAUGAAAUUUCUCCAGCACCAACAGAACGAACCCCUCUUCUCGGCCAUUCUCAGAGUGAUAACCACGGCUCCACAUCAAGAUGGAAUAGUCGAUCAGAAUCUUCAGGUUUGGCCCUGUUAUUUUAUUAUUUAUUUUGUUGUUGUUUACAGUGUAGUAUUUUGUCAUACCAUCAUCAUCAUCAUUUAACAUCCAUUUUCCAUGCUGGCAUGGGUUGGACGGUUUGGCUGAGGGCUGCACCAGGCUCCUGUCAUCUGUUCUGGUAUGGUUUCUAUGGCUGGAUGCCCUUAACACCCACCACUUUACAGAAUCUACUGGAUGCUUUUUACAUGUUUUUUUUUAAAUUUAAAAUCUACAUUUCCCUGACUUUUUUUGAAAUAUUGGGACUUCAAUGA